GGAAAGAGACCAGCAGAGACAAGGCAAAGAGCAAGAGGACAUUUGGAAGACCAGAAUAAGAUUUCCUGAUUUUACCUUAUUUCAAGGCCACAGCCAGUGCUUUGUGACAGAGGCUCACAGGGUCCCUUAGUGGCACACAGUUCUCAAGCUGUGCAUCCUGUGCCUGUGCUCCACUUGAUUUACAGAUGGCUGAGCAUCGGAUUGGGAUUCUAGUGAGCUUAUUUCUCCUUGAGGUUCUUCUUUUGGAUGCUGCAAAAAUCCUGACUUUAUCUACAGCUGGUGGGAGCCACUUUAUGGUGAUGAGCCGUGUGUCACAAAUUCUUCAAGACCAUGGCCAUAAUGUGACCAAUCUGCUUAAUGAAAAGCUUAUCAUCCUAGAUUUUAAAGAGAAAAUAUCAUACGAGGUUAUAAACUGGCAUCUAUCUGAAGAUGAGCUAAAGGAAACUGAUAAUAGAAGACAACUCCUUUGUGAAGACAUAGUUCACAGGUCUAAUCAUCACACCAAUAUAAAGAUGUUUGAAUAUUUUGCGGACUUAUGCAGUCACUUAUUAAGCAGAAAUGAUAUCAUGGACUCCUUAAGGAAUAAGAAAUUUGACCUGCUGUUUUUGGAUGUAACAGAUCCUUGUGUUUUCUUGAUUGCUGAGAAACUUGGGAAACAAUUUGUGGCCUUUCUUCCCUCUCUAUUUAGCAUUAUAGACUAUGGGCUACCAAACCCUUUGUCUUUUGUCCCAGGAUUUGGUUCCAUUUUAAAUGACCAAAUGGACUUCUGGGCCAGAGUGAAGAACUUCCUAAUGUUCCUUGAUUCAUCCAUGAAGAAAAGAGAAAUAUUUUCUCAAUAUGACAGCACCAUCCAGCAGCAUUUUGCAGAAGGCUUUCGGCCAGUUUUGUCUGACCUUCCACGGAAAGCAGAGUUGUGGUUUGUCAGCUCUGACUUUGCCUUGGAUUUUCCUCAUCCUGUGCUUCCCAACACGAUCUAUGUGGGAGGCUUAAUGGACAAACCUGUUAGGCCAAUACCUCAAGACUUAGAGGAUUUUAUCAUUAAGUUUGGAGACUCAGGUUUUGUCCUUGUGGCACUGGGCUCCUUAGCAACCCAGUAUCAGACCAAGGAACUUAUUAAGGAGAUGAACAGUGCCUUUGCUCGCCUCUCUCAAGGGGUACUGUGGGCAUGUAAGGAUGCUCAUUGGCCCAAAGAUGUCAGAAUGGCUCCUAAUGUCAAAAUCAUGGAUUGGCUUCCCCAGACUGACCUUCUGGCUCAUCCUAGAAUUCGUCUUUUUGUCACCCAUGGGGGAACAAAUAGCCUAAUGGAGGCCAUCCAGCAUGGAGUACACAUGGUGGGGAUUACCUUCUUUUUAGACCAACCUAAAAACAUGGUCCUAGUAGAAGCAAAGAAAAUUGGUGUUUCUGUUCAGCUAGAGACACUCAAGGCAGAGACAUUUGCACUUACACUGAAAAAAGUCAUAGAAGACAAGAGGUAUGCAGCUCUCUGGGGUUUUGGUCACUUAGUCUGAAUGCCUAGCAGUAAG